UUGAAUCAGAAACGGACAGUCGCAUGGAUCAAAUCACGUGGACUCCUACAACACUUGUUAAGUCGUCAAUUCCAAUCAUUUCAGAUCUACAGCCUUUUUCACUUUCUCUUUUUUUAUUUUUAUUAUCCAUCAAUCCAAUCACUUUCUCUUCUUCAUUCUUCCUUUGUCUCCUGAUCAACAAACCCUAACUUCAAUCAUCGCCGCCUUUUGACGAAUUUAUAUUAUCUUUAAUUCAUAUUUAUUUGACUAAUCCAAAUCCCAGAAUGAAAGAAGGCAAAUCAGUUAAAUUCAAUCUUCAACAGCACCAGAACGGUCACUUGUCUCCUUUCAAAUUCGCCAAGCUGUUGGAUCCAGAUGCGUCUUGGGACAAGGAUCAAUUGGGAGAUGUGCUGCAUUGGAUUCGACAAGUGGUGGCCAUUGUUUGUGGGUUGCUAUGUGGUGCUAUUCCGUUGGUUGGAGGCAUAUGGAUCGUCCUUUUUUUGGUGAUAUCAUCUGGGAUUAUUUAUGGUUAUUAUGCAAUGCUACUAAAGGUUGAUGAAGAAGAUUUUGGUGGUCAUGGAGCUCUCCUCCAAGAAGGGCUUUUUGCUUCUAUAACUCUCUUUCUGUUGGCAUGGAUUCUAGUAUACAGCUUGGCACACUUUUGAUUGGCUUGGGACAAUUGAUUUGGCAGCCCUCCUUGUCUCUAAGUGAUGUUUGAACAAUCAAUCUUAGUUAAAUGAGGCAACAUUGCCUACGCCCUCAGAAAACAGUUAGAACGUUACUUGCCAUAAUUAUUUGCUUUUCAUUUUUUAAUUGUGCCAACAUUUUGAUUUUGCAGAGCAUGAACAUGUUAGCUUUUAGUCCAUAGGAAAACUUUCAUGAACUUUGUGCGCUAAUUAGCUGUUUAUGGUUUGCAUAUGUUUGCAUACUUAAAUGAUAAGCAAACUCUGAAGCACACUAUGUUUUUCAGCACGUCAAAUAUAAAAAUUACUUGUGAGUUAA